CGCGUGAGACCAGUCCAACUGUUGUGCACGUGCGGCCGUCCGACGGCACUUCAAACACGGUCCGAACCGGACACUUGUCCGUUUACUCACCGGUGUGGGCUGGGAAAAGCGUGCCUGCGUUGUUGUGGAUUAGUGUGUGUAAAUGCGCCCGUGAAAGGCCAACCUGUUGCCGUUUGGUCCUGUUUGUGUGCUCUAAGAUGUGUCUUUGCGGAUGGGAUGGCGUCUGGUCCCGUGUGCGCGCGCACUGCUAGCCUGGUCCCCGCAGCCCAACUCUUCCACUCGGACUGACUGACUGACUGCUCUGCUCUGCCGGACUCGGGAAGAUGCAUGUGUCUCUGGCAGAAGCCUUGGAGGUUCGAGGAGGCCCACUCCAGGAGGAGGAGGUGUGGGCAGUGCUCAGUCAGAGCGCAGACAGCCUCCAAGAACUCUUCCACAAAGACCCUUCAGCCAUGGGCUUCAUCAUCUCUCCCUGGUCACUCCUGCUCAUGCCCUCUGGCAACAUCUCAUUUACUGACGAGUAUGUCACUCAGCAGGACUUAAGAGCCUUCACAGCCCCAGAGGUCAUGGAGGGGGUUACCCUGGCUUCUGUCUCUGACAUAGAAAAGAUGCACAUGUACUCUUUGGGGAUGACCUUGUUCUGGGGAGCAGACUAUGAGAUCCCCCAGAGUCAGCCCAUGAAGUUGGGGGAACACCUAAACAGCCUGCUUCUCAACAUGUGUGAUGACGUCACGUUGAGUCGAAUGUCGUUGCGCACGGUGCUGGACAUCUGCAGCAAACACAUCAGAAACUCCAACUAUGACCCUCCCUUCUCCUAUGUCAGAAAACUGGUGCGGUUGGUACUGGGCAGUCUUUCUCAGCUGGACGGUCUGCUGACUGAUAGAGAGUCUCUUCCUGAGCGGAGUAAGGAGAUUCGAGAGAGACUGAGGGGGAAAGGCCUGCCCUCAGGGAGGAGCGCCGCCCCCAGGGUUCUGGAACGGUACCGAGCCAGGAGUCAGGAGCAGACGUCCCUUAAUCGGGGUCUCAGUCGAUCAAUGGGCUCCCUGCCAAUCCAGGACUUAUUGAAAGUUGAAGAGGGGGUUGUCCUACCGUAUUCCUUGUCUGAUUAUCCCCCUAGUUCUGGAUCACCUACAGAACUUUACCCCAAGCCCCCCUCACUCCAGCACCAGAACUCAUACCCUUAUCUACACCCCUUUCACCCGCAGCAAAAGGGGCGCCCUGUGGAACUGGACAGAAGGUCUUUACCUUUCCACAUUGGGGACCCGGGCCCGAGUCAGGCUAGGAAGACCUGGGCCUCCUCUGUGGACUUGGCUUGUAUUGACCCAGAGGCGCUACGCUUUGGGGCCUUAGAGGAUGCACGGAGGGGCAGCACUGCCUUAAGUACCCACUCCAUAGGCAGACACAAAUCCCCCUUAUUGGCAUCCAGGGAGUUUGGUGGGCUGAAGAGUCGAAAGCCUCAUCACCACUCGGCCCUGUCUGUAGGAUCAGGCCUCACCAGUGCAUACGACAGGAUCAAAGAGAGGCAGAGGAAACUUCAGGUGCUAAGACAAGCAGUGGAUGACCCAGUCCACACCCACCAGAGGUACCACAGUGAUUAUAGUUCAUCCAGCGAAAGCCCCUCGGUGACCUCCUCUGAUCCAGAUUACAGACAAGCUAAGAAACCAGGCGAUGUGAGGAGAUAUGGCUCCCAGCUGGCCCUUUCCUCAGAACACGAUGCGUUGUCGCUGACAAGUCACGGCGCACACAGGCAGAGGCAGUAUGAGGGGCCGGCUGAUGAAGGUCUGCUGGGGGCGGAGCUGCUCCUCCAGAAGCAGGAGGAGGAGGUGCAGCGGCUGCAGGCCCACCUGGCCAACAGGCUGUCCAGGGCAAACCUCUACCCCGCAGACGACCCCCUGGCCCCGUCACGCACCUCUGUACUGGACCUGCGAGACCCGCUGUACCCCUCCUCUGUGCCGCUGCGCAAACCCAAGACCUUCCAUGGGCCUGAGUUUGUGAAGAUGGCCAGUGACCCGUGUGUAAACUUAUCAGUUCCCUCUUCCAUAAUGAAGCGUUCUAAGGUGGAUGAGGUGCAGAGGAAAGUUGGAGUGGUGCUGCUGAACGGCCAGAAGCUGGAGCUGAGCUGUGAUAUCAAGGCUGUGUGUAAAGACCUUCUAGAUAUGGUGGUUGCCCACGUUGGCUUGGUGGAGCAUCAUCUGUUCGGCUUAGCGUACCUCAGAGAUAAUGAAUUUUUCUUCGUUGAUCCUGAUGCCAAACUGUCCAAAGUAGCCCCCGAGGGGUGGAAGGAUGAUCCCAAGAAGAAAAAGUCAGAUGUGCCCUUUAACCUUUUCUUACGUAUCAAAUUCUUUCUUGAUGAUGUCAACCUCAUACAGCAUGCUAUGACCAAACAUCAGUACUACCUACAGCUGAGGAAGGAUAUAUUAGAGGAGAGGAUGCGCUGUGACACAGAAAAUGCCAUGUUACUGGCCUCUCUGGCUCUGCAAGCUGAAUUCAGUGACUACCAACCUGAGCUCCAUGGGAAAACCUAUUUCAGACUGGAGCACUAUCUGCCCGUGUCUGUUCUGGAUAAGGUGGAUCAAACGACCAUCAAGGAGGAGCUUCCUAAACUUCACAGCAACUAUUAUGGAGCAUCAGAGUCGGAGGCGGAGUUUGAGUUCCUCAAGGUGAGCCAGAGGCUGACAGAGUACGGUGUCCAUUUCCAUCGGGUGCUUCCUGAGAAGAGGUCCCAGACGGGCAUCAUGCUAGGUGUUUACUCCAAGGGGGUGAUCAUCUUUGAAGUCCUUAAUGGAAACCGUACACCAGUACUGAGGUUCCCCUGGCGGGAGACCAAGAAGAUUUCCUUCACAAAAAAGAAGAUAUGUCUCCAGAACACAUCCGAUGGGAUUAAGCACCUUUUUCAGACUGACAGCAACAAAACCUGUCAGUAUCUGCUUCAGCUCUGUUCAGAUCAGCACAAGUUCCACCUGCAGAUGAAGGCCCGCCAAAACAACCAGGAGCUGCAGGACCUCGAGAACUGCCCUCUGAGCAGUCUGCAGUAUAAUUUUGACCCUCGAAGUGGGGAUGUGGGGAGUCUAGCCCCCAGCUUAUCAACGCGCUCAAACCCAGACCACCUGAAGAGGAUUUCCUACUCGGAGGUGGCCCUCAACAAGGCGCAGUCCGGCUCACUAUUAGUCCAAGAUGAGCUCCACUUUCCAGGUUUCAAUCCAGUGGCCUCCUCAGUCUAUCUAAAUCCAAGAAUGAUGAGCCGCUCCCACCACAACCUCGGACAGAUGCCAGAACCUGCCGAACACAGAGUGGCAGGGUCGUACCGCGCAGAAAUGCACGGUGAACUGGUCCAGACACAGCUAGGCCAAGUGGCCUCUCAGUUUCAGCAGCAGAGAGCGAGCUCAGACACAGACUCCCUCUCACAUCAUCAAGACAAAUCUUUUGGCUCAGCAUCCCACAGCAGUCCAGCCUGGAGUCACAGGAGGGCUAAAAAAGAAUCUGACUCCUCUUCCAUAGAGGACACUGGCCAAGCAUAUGUAGUAGGUGUCAGUAUGCAUAGUUCCUCCCUUCCACCUUCAACCCCAGCCUCUGUUAAUGAUUCACUUAAGAAAAAGCUGAAUGCCUUACCGUCUCCAGAGAGAGAAAUCACGACUGUGAACCUUAAGAAAGAUGUGAAAUACGGCCUGGGGUUCCAGAUUGUAGGAGGAGAGAACUCUGGGCGAAUGGAUCUUGGUACAAUCAUUAGCUCCAUCACUCCUGGGGGCCCGGCUGAUGUCAACGGCUGCCUCAAACCGGGGGAUCGGCUGCUCUCAGUGAAUGAUGUGAGCCUGGAAGGGCUUUCUCAUGCUACCACUGUUGAAAUCCUCCAAAAUGCCCCUGACGAUGUUAUACUGGUGGUGUCACAGCCCAAAGAGAGGCUCUACAAAGAACCUCCACCCGGUUAUGUUACCUACCAAGCCAAAUCUUCAUUAAAGGGACUCAAUUCUGUUCAGAAACGAGAUCUGGAUUUGGAGUCGUCAUCAGAGGAGCAGGUGGGAACAGGAAGCCCCAGCCCUGUUCUUCACAGUGUUUGCACCCCAUCAUCUGCCUCCUCCCCAGUUCACCAGCGCACCAGCCUCAGCUCCCAGGACUCCAGGACAAGCAGCGCUGCUAAAAUAAGCCAGCUCCCCACUAAUGGAGUCCAGCAGUGUCUAGACAGAGCGAAGGCAGCUCUUACAGUUUCAUCCAUCACACCACAACAUAGAUCUGAUCCCAGCAUCAGUUUGGAUCCACCACCACCAGCUCUACCUCCCAAAACCAGAAAAGCUAAAGUGGUAGAGGCUCCCAAAGAGCAUUCUGACUGGGGGGAUUCAGACAUGGAUGAGGAGACGUACUCCAGUAGUCAAGAAAAGGUCAAAGUUAAAAAGGAACACAUCAUGGAAAGUUUAAAUGGUAAAGCCCCAGGGGUCAAUAGUCUCCGUCCAGGAGAACUAUUUGACGUUGAGCUGUCCAAAAAAGACAGCAGCCUGGGCAUAAGUGUCACGGUACUGUUCGGCAAGGGCGGAUCUAACACGAGUGUUCGACAUGGAGGAAUAUAUGUCAAAGCUGUUAUCCCUAAAGGAGCUGCUGAGCUGGAUGGAAGGAUACAGAGAGGGGACCGUGUGAUGGCAGUUAAUGGGCGGAGUCUAGAGGGAGCCACUCAUCAGCAGGCGGUGGAGGCUCUUCGAGACACGGGGCAGACAGUGCAUUUGUUACUGGAGAAGGGUCAUCCGCCUGCCGACAGUGUCCAUGCUCCUGUCACACCUCAGUGCACUCCUCCGACUCCUGACAGCAACCGAGACCAGAGCAGGAACAGAGAGCCAUCACAGCCGAUCAGAAACAAACCCGAGUACAGCUUUGUGACAAAAGAUAAUGUGUUUGACGUGUGCCUGUUGAAAAACACAUCAGGACUUGGCUUCAGUUUUAGUCGAGAGGAGAACAUUCCUGAUGAAGCUCCCGGUUGCAGCAUGGUUCGGGUUAAAAAGCUGUUUCCUGGCCAACCAGCUGCAGAGAGCGGCCGCAUCAACGUUGGAGACGUCAUCCUACGGGUCAAUCAGACCCCUCUUAAAGGACUCUCCCAACACGAGGUGAUAUCAGCCUUGAGAGGAACAGGACAAGAAGUGACUUUGCUUCUCUGCAGACCUGAACCCGGCAUCCUCCCUGAGCUGGACACUUCAGCUUUGACACCCAUGCCAUCACCCCGAAAGGAGCCAGUGACCCUGUGUGAGCCCAGUCUGAGCUUGGAUAAGACCAGCCCUCCUCCUGGGACUAAAGGGAGGAGGGGCCCAGGCCCUGUGGAGGAGGCACUGGAGAGGUUCCAUCUGAAAAAUCCUGGCCGUCACAACAGCUACAGCGACAGCACCGAUGGGGACGAAGAGGUGGAAGAAGCCUUCAGCCCAAACUCCCUGGAGCACAGCAGACAAAGCUGGGAGCGCAGUGUUUAUCAGACUCCCAGUAGCAGCCUGGGACUGGGGCGCUACAACAGCACUGGGCUGCCAGACGACACCAGCCAAUCAGCCUUUUACUCCCCGAACCUGUCCAUGACCAGAGCAGACCUUAGCAAGAGGGGUCCUUCGUCCCCUAUUGCAGCUGAUCUGGAAUCUCCCCUGCCAAUGAUGUCCUCUCCCUCUGCCCCGAGUCCAGAUCCUCUGCCCCCUCCACUGCCUCUGCCCUUAAACCUUACAGUGUCCGGCAAUGGACAGGAAAUGGAGGAAUUUGUCCCGGAUGUAGAGCUCAAAGUGUCCCUGGUGAAGUCAGAAAAAGGCAGCCUGGGCUUCACCCUCACCAAAGGUAAUGACCACGGAUGCUACAUUCAUGACAUAGUCCAGGACCCAGCCAAAGGAGACGGUAGACUCAGACCUGGAGACAGAAUGAUAAUGGUGAACAACACAGAUGUUACCAACAUGGGACACACUGAAGUGGUCAAUCUUGUACGUGCAGCCCCUCGAGUAGUUGAUUUGGUGGUGGGCAGGGUCCUGGAGGCUCCAAAGCCCCCCAUAGAAGCCCACCUGCUGCCUGACAUCUGCUUUAGGGGCCACCAACAACCACUCGGGUUGGUGCUCGAUGGUGGCAGUGACAGUGUGUACGGAGUCUUGUUUGUUAAAGACGUCUCGCCGGGAUCUUUGGCCUCUGAAGAAGGCAGCCUGAGACCCCUUGAUCUGAUCCACUACAUCAACGGCGCUCCCACUCAGGACCUGACCCUGAGUGAGAACACCAGGCUGCUGGGCCUCUCCCUGGAUGACCUCACCCUCAAGGCCACAAGGGAUGGAAAACCUGUUUCUCCUGGGCAGAAAAAUGUCUCUUUUCUCAACAACAACAUCAGCCCCAAAGUUUCAUCCACCAUGAAUGGUUUUCUUAAAGGAGAGGAUUCAAGAGAAGCAGAGAGUCUGUCAGCUCUUUGUCCUUUAGAAGAGGAGAUCAUAACACUGGAUCUGGAAAAGCCUCAGUCAGGAGGCCUGGGCUUCUCUGUGAUCGGAGGGGAAAGGGGGAUCUUUGUCAAGUCCAUCACACCAGGGGGAAUAGUAGAGGCUUCAGGAAAGCUCCAGGUUGGGGACAGGCUGCUGAAGGUGAAUGACGAACUGAUGACAGGCGUGUCUCACACCAAAGCUGUCACCACUAUCCGAAAAACUAAAGGCCUGGUUCAUCUGACGGUGUCCAGACCGCCAGAACAGAACCCCAGUACAUACCUGCCUUACCUGCCCAUCAACUCAGACAACUGCAAUGGAAACACAGAUCUUAGCGAUGAGCGUGGAGUGUCGACUCAGCUGUGUGCUCCCCACACCGAGAUGAAACCCAGCAGCUACCCCCCCAUACCACCCAUAGACUAUGACGACGGUUCACUAGAGCAGAAGAGAGAGACUGAGCAGAGCACGGAGCUGUCGGAGGACACCGACUGUGACGGCUCCUCCUUACCUGAAGACUCCCCUGAGCAGAGUUCACGUAAAGUGGAGUGGCAGGAAGAGAGUGUGGAUGAUCCAAGACAUGACUUUCUCCAAAUGAAUGCUGGACAACUGGAGGAAGAUGAGAUCACAUGGGGCAGUGACGAGCUGCCUAUUGAGAACAUGAACUCCAAAUCAAGAGAAGACGGACCAAUCAUCACAGAGGAUGAGUUGACGUCUCUGCCCCUGGUCAAAGUGGUGCCUGAUGGUCAGUACACUGGACCCAAGCUCAGCGCCGUGGUCCGCAUGAUGAGGGGUCUUCUGGAGCAGAAAGUCCCACUGCAAGAGUUUGAAAAUCUGCAGAAUCUGCAGCCGCUGGACGACUGUUUAAUAGGUCAAACAAAAGAAAACAAGAAGAAGAAUCGCUACAAGAAUAUUGUUCCCUUUGACACAACUCGAGUGGUUUUGGGUAAAGACGGAGGUUACAUCAACGCCAACUUCAUCAAGAUGCCUGUGAAGGAUGAGGACUUCCUGUACAUCGCCUGCCAGGGCCCCCUCCCCACCACUCUGGGAGACUUCUGGCAGAUGGUCUGGGAGCAGAAGUCCAACGUGAUCGCCAUGAUGACCCAGGAGGUGGAGGGCGGGAAAGUCAAGUGUCAGCGCUACUGGCCGGACACGCCCAGAACAGCGGAGAUGGUGGACGACAGGUUACAGAUCACACUGAUUAAAGAUCAACAUCUGGAUAACUUUGUCAUCCGACUCAUCGAAGUCCGAGACGUCCAGACCAGUGAAGUCCAGCGGGUAACUCACCUGAACUACACGGGCUGGCCUGACCACGGAACGCCGUCUCAGCCCGAACAGCUGCUCACGUUCAUUUCCUACAUGAGACACGUCCAUCGAUCGGGACCCGUCAUCACGCACUGCAGCGCCGGCAUCGGCCGCUCGGGAACGCUCAUCUGCAUCGACGUGGUCCUGGGGCUCAUCAGUAAAGACGCUGACUUUGAUAUUUCAGAUGUUGUGAGGAACAUGAGACUCCAGAGACAGGGAAUGGUCCAGACAGAGGACCAGUACAUUUUCUGCUAUCAAGUAAUCCUCUAUGUCCUCCGGUGCCUUCAAGCAGAAGAAAAAAUCUCAGGAUAGCAGAAACCACAUCUUGCUGCCGGGCUCGGAGACUGUUCACACAACAAAAACACUCAGCGGAGGGCUGACGCAGGCAGAUAUGGCCAAACGACAUGUUUUUAAGAUGCCUUCAACUGUUCAGCUGCACCACAGUCAAACCCUUUUAAAGAAGUUUAUAUUUUUAUGUCUGCUUUUGGAGUUCUCCUUCUUCGGCUGCUAUUCCCUUUUGAUGCAUUCAUGAGAACUGCUGAUUGUAUUUCUUAUCGUCACCUACAAGAGAACAUUGUUUUUUUUCCAGAUUCUUGGAUAUUCUAAAAUAAUUAUGAUCAAUGAUAUUUUAUGUGGAACAAAAUUGUAUUUUGAAUCCUACUUUGAUGCUGGAACAUGCCUUGACAGAAUACUAUGUCAGUAUUUGCUUUGUAAAUCUAUUAUACAGUAAUUGCUCACUGCUGGAGGUCAAUGAUAAGUGUACAUAUUCAUCUCCUGAAGAUUAAACUGGAUACAUUUUAAAUGUCA